GGGGCAGGAAGAGCCUUUUGCUAUUUGGGGUGACAGCUGUCAAGACCCCAUAGACUUAAACUGUUUGCACUGUUACUUUAUUGCUGUUCCCUGGAUGGUCAGCAUGAAGAGCUGCAUAUUUUUGGCGUUGGUCGGACUGACCACUUUGACCACUGUGCACGUGUAUGCAUAUGUUGACGAGUACACGGACACGCUGACGGGGUGCCAGUGCUGGUUCGACAGUUCCCGGUGGGACUGUGCCUGCUGCCGCCCGGGCGGGUGUCAGUGUUACACCCCCCAGCCGCACCGCUGUAUCCCGUGCGGCACCGACUGUGGCGACUACCCCUUGUUCCCCUGGGCCAUAGACAAUGGUGUUGAGCAGCACGUGGCCAGUUCGUGUCCGCAGUGCGUGUGGACUGUGAUGACCAUGUUCCAGUCCAUCUCUAUUCCAUCUGGUUUCGUCACCAAAACCUACAGUCCAUCAGACGAAGAUCUGAUCAACCCAGAGCGAGGCUGGUGGAAAUUUAAGGCCGUCCACGCCUCGGACUACCAUGUCCUACCGGUCUCCCGGCUUCAGACGUUCCGGAGCGAGGGUCACACCCUGAUCUUCCGGUACUACGUCCUGGACCUGUUCGUCCACUCGGACAUCAGCUCCGCCUUCCUGGCCAACCUGCAGGCGGACCUGAACAACGUCCGGGCGGCUGGAGUCAAGAUCGUCCCCCGCUUCUGUUACACGCUCACGGCGGGCGACUCUACUGACGCCCCCUUACCCCAAGCACUGCGUCACGUGGCCCAGCUGAAGCCAUUUCUUCAGGCCAAUGGUGACGUCAUCGGUGCGGUACAGACGGGCUUCAUUGGAACAUGGGGUGAGGGGUAUUACAGCGACAACUACAGCACGCUGAACAGUGUGGGAAACCCUAUCAUAGUAACAGAUGACGACUGGGCCAAACGUGCCACACUGUUGGAUGCGGUCCUGGAUGCGGUCCCAAACGACAGAAUGGUCCAGAUACGGUACAUGAAGUACAAACGGAGGUUUACCGGUGAUGACUCCCCAUUGACUGAAUCAGAGGCUCGCAGUGGAUCCAAAAAAGCUCGCAUUGGUCAUCACAAUGACUGUUUUCUGGCCAGCGACAGAGACUGGGGAACGUUCCAAGACCUGAGCGCGGACUACCCCUACCUGUCAGCGGACACCAGGUACACUGUCAUGGGCGGAGAGACCUGCAACUACAACCCUCCACGGUCGUCUUGUGACACAGCCGAGCGGGAGUUGGCUCUCUUCCACUGGUCCUACCUGAACCCCACCUUCAAGCAAGAUGUCACAGACGAGUGGAAGCAACAAGGCUGUUACGAUAGAAUCGGCCGGCAUCUCGGUUACCGGUUGGAGCUGGUGUCCGGUACGUACCGCAGCGCGGUGCCGCAGGGAGGGACGUUCUGCGGCCGGCUGGAGAUCAGGAAUGUCGGGUACGCCGCGCCCUUCAACCCGCGGGACGUCAGAAUCGUCCUGCAGCAGGACGGCGUCAUCGUGACGUCACUGAUGGUGACAGGUGUAGACCCACGUGACUGGCAUCCGGGUACUUUGCACACUGUCCCCAUCUCUGUGCAGUUGCCUAGCAACGUGACGCCAGGAAGCUAUCAGGUGUUCCUGUGGCUGUCUGACCCCAGUCCGACCAUCUCAGACCGGGCGGAGUUCAGCAUCCUGCUGGCGAACACCGGAGUACCGGACCCCCUCACCGGCCUCAACAACCUCGGGCAUACACUGCAGGUGGAGCCGACUGGGUCCCACUCGUCUUGCUGACGCAGGUGACUGUCUUUCAG